AUGACGCAGCCUUUCCCGAUCUCCUCGACCGCUUCUUGUGCCCACGUGUGCGUGUGCUCGUCCGUUGGUGUGCCUCUCUGCCUUCCAUUCGGCCCGGUCGGGACAGCUAGUCCUCCACGCGGCCUAGCAGACCGACUGCCAGACCGUCGACGCGACGACCUUUUGUCGCACGCCCACCCCUACAGCCUCCUGCCUCCUGCCUACUCCGCUCUUCCACCUCGACACUCACCUCCUCUUUCUCUCUCCCUCGCUGCCUUACUUGCUUCCUUCAUUCCUCCUUCACUCAUUCUCCCUACCCCUCGCCCUCCCCUCCCCUCCCCUCCCUCGGCAUCUGAUAGUGAUUGA